AGUAAGUGGAUGGAUUCAAAUUUUGCAGUCUUAUCUAUCAGUCACACGAAGCUAUCGCAAAAUACUAUUCGAAUAAUCGUGUUUAAAAGCUCAGUUUACGUGACACUGUGGACUGAGUAGAACGUGAUACAAAAUUAUCGAGUUAAAGUCUUGCGUCGUUAUCAACCACGGUAAUGCCGAAUAUACGACCUCUAAGUCCAGAGUUAGCCAAAAAGGCAAGAGAAGAACUUAAUGAAGUACCGGAAAGAAUUGAUAGUGACCUAGCCGCACUACGAACAUGGCUGGCAAAAAGCCCUCAUAUCAAAUCCCGGGAUGAUGAUCAAUUCCUGGUAACGUUUCUACGAGGGGGUAAAUAUAGCCUGGAACGCGCCAAGGAAAAAUUGGAUAUGUUCUAUACUGUGCGCUCGGCUUUACCAGAGAUGUUAAAAAAUCGGGAUCCAUUCGAAGAGAAUAUGGCCGCCAUUCUCAGAAGUGGUAUGUUUUUACCUCUUCCGCAGACGGAAACGCCAGAUGGUCCUAGAAUUGUACUCGUCAGGCCUGGAGUUAUCGAUCCAAACAAGUACCCAAUGCAGCAAGUUUUCAAACUUCAAAGUAUGAUAAUAGAUAUAAUGAUGAAAGAAGAUGACAAUCUGUGUGUUGCUGGUCAGGUUGCAAUUGGGGACUUGGAAAAUGCAACGAUGGCCCAUUUCAUGCAAUUCAGUCCGACGUUUAUGAAAAAGAUGACUCUUUUGAGCCAGGAAGCAUCACCACUUCGCCUGAAAGGUGCUCAUCAUCUUCAUACACCUCCUGGAUUCGAAACUAUAUUCAACAUAUUUAAAGGAUUUAUGAAUGAAAAAAACCGAUCUAGACUGUUUGUACAUGGAAGUAACAUGGAAGCUUUGUACAAAUACAUCCCAAAACGUCUUCUUCCGGAGGAAUAUGGAGGGGAAGCAGGACCGAUUCAAGCCAUUGUGGAUACAUGGGUGAAAAAGGUUGAAAGCUACCGGGAUUACUUCAAGGAAGAAGAACAAUUUGGCACAGAUGAGAAGAAACGCGUUGGGAAACCGAAAAAUGCUGAGAGCCUGUUUGGUUUUGAAGGAUCCUUCAGACAGCUGGAAGUAGAUUAAUAUGUCGAUGACAUCAGGUAACGAAUACCGAGAUUACAAAAAAAAAUAUACAUAGGUUUCGAAAAUAAAAUUGCUGAAAGAUAGAUUGUCUCUGGGCUAGGUUGAAUUCUU